UGCGCCUCCCUCGUAACACCGAGCCUCCACAAUGCUGCGUAAACAGUGUCAUUCACAACUCAAACGUCUGGGUGUUACCCACCCGGAAGAGCGGCGCGACCUCUCUUUUACUCAAAACAGAGUCUGCAGCUUUGUGACGGCCAGCAACAUGUCGGGCUGGACACCUCGGAGGAGCUUGGAGAAGCCGCUCUGGAGAGGCAGACGAGCUGCACUGAAGGUUACGCGUGUGUCCGCAAGAGGGCUGAGCAUCAACGCCCCCGAGUAUCUGAAACCAGAUGUGCCGAGGUCUGAAAGCGGGAAGCUGUUCUUUGAUACCCAUGCAGUGGUGCGUCUCUUCGAGGAAAAUGGCUUCACGACUCGGCAAGCCGAGGCGAUGGUUAAAGUGCUGGUGAGGAUGACAAUGUCGAACAUGGACGUCAUCUACAAUGACAUGGUCACCAAAGUGCAGCAGAAAACAGAUGCUUACCGCGCAAAACGGAGUGUAACUCACUCGUCAGACCUAGCUGGGAUUGAGGCUGCAAUGUCGGCAGCGGAGGAGAUCAUGUUGCAGCAUGUGAUGUCUCAAAUAGCAGCCGUGAAGAAGGACAUGGUCAUCCUGGAGAAGAGCGAGUUCACUACUCUACUGGCAGAGUACGAGAAACUCAAGAUCCAUAUAUUUCUGUUCAAGGUCCAACUGGAUGAUGUCAUGAAUAAAGUGCGCUCUGACACUAUCAUGGACCUGAAUCUGGAGAAAAGUCGUGCAAAAGGAUUGAAAGUAAAUAAUGAGAAGAGGCUUCUAGAAACGCGAACUGAGAUUAUGGAAAUGACGGCAGAGCAAGAUCGUCAUUUAUCUCAGACCAACAUGAAAAUAGACACCGAAUUGGCUGGUUUGAAAACCAUGUUAGAAUCUCAUAAACUGGAUACUAUAAAGUACCUCGCAGGUUCAGUGUUCACCUGUCUCACGGUGGUCUUGGGUUUCUACCGUAUUUGGAUGUAAGAUUGUGAUUUUGAUUUUUACUUUUCAAAUCUCCCGAGUUCUAACAAUAGUCAGAGAACACAUGUUGUUUGUGUCAGAAUGUUUGCGUUCAUCGGUGCAAUCUCAUUCAUUCCUAGAAGUAGGAGUUAUGAAAUAGAGGCUCUGCCGACAGAUUGCUUGUGUUUUUACCAUAUCAAGUUAUACUUUUUUUAAAAGUAUUUAUUUUGUAUGUAUAGAGAAGAUCAGAAGAAGAAUGGGUUACUGUGUCUCUCAAUCACCUAGCUAUUUUAUCACAGCUAUUUAACUUUAUGCUUUGUGGUCUCAGGAAUGUUUUACAUGAUUGCUUAAUUUAUGUUGUUUUAAUUAAAUGAAUUGUCAAUACAUGUCAACUUUUUGCCAACAAAUAAAGUGUCUCUUUAGAUUCAUAAA